GGAGUUCAUAUCACGAACCAAAAUAGAUCCUCCAUGGAAGAAGGCAAUGAAUCGGAGCAGAUUUCUGAUCAUUUUAUAUGCGCCGUUUGUUUAGACAUUCUAUUCAAGCCCAUUGUUCUAGUUUGUGGCCAUGCCACCUGCUUCUGGUGUUGCCACCACUCCAUGGAUGGGAGAGGGCAAUCUCAUUGCCCAUUAUGUAGGCACGCGUAUCGUCAUUUUCCAGCUAUCUGUCUGAUGUUACACAUUUUUCUCAAGAAGAUGUAUCCAAUUUCAUAUGCUAGAAGGAAAAGACAAACACUUGAGGAUGAAGAACAAAAGUUGUUGGCCUUUUCUCCGGAUGUAGACCAUCUUGUUACUGGUGAAGAAUUAGACCAUCCAAGCAUUGGGGACCAACCUUCUGAUCUCAGUUGUGAAGAUAAUCUGUUGAUAAAUUCUUCUCCUUCUGAAGAAACGAAAUCGAAUGACGGAAGUUCUGCUGAAAAUGGUAACCGGGUAACAGUUGCUGAUGUGCUUUGCACUGCAUGCAGGCAACUGCUAUACCGGCCUGUUGUUCUUAACUGUGGUCAUGUUUAUUGUGAGGCCUGCAUCACCAUACCGGAAGAUGGGGUGAUUAAAUGUCGAGUUUGUGAAGGUCGGCAUCCAAAUGGAGUUCCAAGUAUCUGUAAGGAGCUUGAUUACUUCCUAGAGGAACAAUUUUCUUCAGAGUAUGCACUUAGAAGAAGCAGUAUGCAGCCCUACACAGAACAGAUCCGAAAUGGAAAUCCAUUCAAGGAGGCCAAUGAUGAAGGUUGCAAGUUCUCAUAUUCAACAGAAGAGAAUUUUCUUCAAUGGUGGACCAUUCAUGGCUCUAAAUUUCAUCCAGGGAUUGGUUGUGACAUGUGUGGGAUGUGUCCAAUAAUUGGGGAUAGAUAUUGUUGCAAAGAUUGCAAGGAAAAGAGUGGUUAUGAUGUUUGUGGAGAUUGCCAUAAAACAGGUUCUAAACUUCCGGGGAGGUUUAAUCAAAAGCAUACCUCGGAACACCGUCUUGUGUUGGUAAAACCAGUUAUAAACCGUGACGUUAUUUACAGAUUGUUAAGUGGACAACUGGCUGUUGUUUCUGCUGCUCGAAAUCGGUCUAAUGAAAGUUCAGAAUUUGCAUCUUCUUCCAUUGAUGAUGAUGAUGGUGGUGGUGGUGGUGGUGGUGGUGGUGGUGGUGGUGAAGGUCAAAGUCACAACGAACCUCCUACAUGAAAGGUGAAUGUUGCCAAACUCUUUAGGUUGUGUUUGGUACGUGGACAGAACUGGUUAUAACAAGAUCGGAUUGGACUGGACGGGCCAGAGUGAGGUAAGCAGUUUAAAGAUUUGUGGAAGGUUUUAGCGUUUUUAAUUUACAUGGGUAGUUUGGUAAUUAUCUGAACUUGUCUCAUGUCCCUGAUUUUUGUUCCACCCAUCUUGGUGGAACAUAACAAACGUAGUUUUGUUUUACUCAGAUUUGUCCUAUCACAGUCUAAUGUUGUACCGGAUGUGGGAUAACAGAUUUUUGCAUUGUCUUGUCUUGUCUUGUGUACCAAACGCAACCUAUGAGAUAAAAGGUUAUAUUGGUUAAGACCAUUAAAAUGUGUUGAUGUUUACAAGGUUAUAGAAAUUGAAGAAUUGUACA